CGCCGCCGCCGCCGCCACUACUGGCACCGGAGCUUCCGAGCCUUUCCUGAGACCGACGACGACGACGACGACGACCAUACGCACGCAUACGCCGUGCACACGAACAGGAAGACACGAUGCGCACAGCUCUAGCAUAUCUAGCGGUAGCCCUCGUGGGCGCCACGGGUUCAGCGCAACAAAUAUACGACAUCUGGCAAACGACCUGGGACCGCGGCAAGCUGCUCACAUACACGAAUUUGGGCAGCAACCCGAUCAACUUCCAGUCGCCCAGCGUGAUCGGCCAAGCGGAUAUAGUGAUCGAUGAUACGCAGACGUUUCAAUCGGUCUGGGGCUUCGGAGGCACCCUCACCGACUCCUCCGCACUUACAUUGAACAACCUUAAGUCGAAGAACUCGACGGCGUACAACAACUUGCUGAAAUACCUCUUUGACCCGACCGACGGCGCGAACUCGGCGGGCCUGUCCUAUCUUCGUGUGCCCCUUGGAGCGUCAGACUUCUCCGCAUCCGCGUAUAGCUACGAUGACACCAGUGGCGACACUUCUUUGUCGAGCUUCUCUAUCAACAAGGCGCCUUCGUAUGUCUUCUCGGUCAUCAAGGAUAUCAUGGCGAUCAACAAGGUCCUACGCAUUCACGUCGUACCAUGGAGUCCGCCUGGAUGGAUGAAGAGCGGUGGCACUAUGAAAGGCGGCUCCCUCAACAGCGGCAAUGUCAAUGUCUUCGCGAACUACCUCCUCAAGUGCCUGCAGGGGUUUCAGAGCCAGGGCAUCUCCGUCUACGCGAUCGGCAUACAGAACGAGCCACAGAACAGUGACUCGACGUAUCCCUCGACGAACAUGCCGGUGGCGACGGAAGCGGCGGUCGGCACCGCGCUCAGGACGUUGAUGAACAACAACGGGUUUUCGAGUGUGAAGAUCAUCGGAUACGAACAUAAUUGGGACGACGCAGGGGACUACCCCGUACAGCUGAUGCAACAGGCUGGUAGUGCUUUCGCUGGAGUUUCUUUCCACUGCUAUGCCGGAGAUGUGAGCGAGCAGGACACCUUCCAUACCGCGUUCCCCGACAAGGAAAUCUACUUCACCGAAUGUUCCGGCACGAUUGGCUCGGACUGGUGGAGCGACAUUAAGUGGUACAUGGACAAUUUGUUCAUUGGAGGUAUCACGCACAACUCGCAUUCUGGCCUGAUGUGGAACAUUGCCCUCGAUGGAAACGGGAACCCGAAGCUACCUGGAACGGAUUCGUGCGGCGGUAACGGCUGCCGACCCAUCGUGACCGUCAACAGCGAUGGCACUUGGUCUGUCAACCAGGAGUUCUAUGCUCUCGGUCAAGCAUCCAAAGCGAUUCUGCCGAGGGACUCAGGCGGACCCUGGGGAAAGCGGAUCAAAGUUACCGUUGGUGGAUCUCUCAGCUGGGCGUUGAUCGUCGGGGCCUACGUCACCGGGAGAGUAAACUCGUCGGAUUGGCUGCGAUACUCGAUUGUGGUCCUGAACUGGGAUGAUACACCGAACGGUAGCUGGGACCCUACACCUGUGCAGACGACCAUCGAGUUCCGAGACAUGCAAGCGACGUACACGUUCCCUGUCGGCGUGACGACGAUGUGGUGGUACGCCCCCAACGAAGGCAAGGACUUCGCGACCAACGCUACGGCGUUCUACACCGACGAGCAGGACGGCGAGCAGCGCCCGAUGGGAUUUUUCCAGUGAAACAGAACCACACCCUGCAGGCUGCCGAUUAAUCUGGAUCCGCACUGCCCACAAGCUGCUUCCCUCCGAACACGGAAGCCACCCUCCCCACCUUCCGUCUCCGGCACCACACGCUCAUGAUUUAUGACAAACAACGAACGACGACGGAUCUGUUCUAGGUUACUCCCAUUA